CCCUUCCUCUCCCUGCCCGCCCCGCCCGGGCGCCCGCAGUUCCCUCCGGCUCAGGCACCAUGCUCCGGCUCCUCCGCUGGCUGCUGCUGCUGCUGCUCCUGCCUCCCCCGGGGUCCCCCGAGCCCUCCGAGCCCCCGGGCCUGGCCCCGCUGUCCCCGGGGGCGCCCCCGCAGGCCCCGGACCUGCUCUACGCCGACGGGCUGCGCGCCUACGCGGCCGGGGCUUGGGCCCGGGCGGUGGCGCUGCUGCGGGAGGCGCUGCGGAGCCGGGCGGCGCUGGGCCGCGCGCGGCGGGACUGCGCGGCGAGCUGCGCGGGGGAGGCCCGUGCCCGCGGCGACGGCGAUGGCGACCCCCGGGCCUGGGAGCCCGCGCUGCUGCGGGCCGCGCUCCGCCGCGCCGAGUGCCUGGGCCAGUGCGCCGCGCGGAGGCUCGGCCCGGGCGGCGCGGCGCGGCUGCGCGUGGGCCGCGCGCUCCGGGACGCCUUCGGCCGCCGGGAGCCCUACAACUACCUGCAGAGGGCCUACUACCAGCUGAAGAAGCUGGACUUGGCGGCCGCCGCAGCACACACCUUCUUUGUAGCAAACCCAACGCACCUGCAGAUGCGGGAGGACAUGGCUAAGUACAGGAGAAUGUCUGGAGUUCGGCCGCAGAGCUUCCGGGAUCUGGAGACGCCCCCGCACUGGGCAGCCUAUGACACUGCCCUGGAACUAAUAGGCCAGCAGGAGGCAGGGCUGGCACUGCCCAGGCUAGAGGAGGCCCUGCAGGGGAGCCUGGCCCAGAUCGAGAGCUGCCGCGCGGGCUGCGAGGGACCUGAGGAGCACCAGGGCGCAGGGCAGGAGGAGGAGGAAGGCGCUGAGAGCCAGGGGGGCCUCUAUGAGGCCAUUGCAGGACACUGGAUCCGGGUCCUGCAGUGCCGGCAGCGCUGCGUGGCAGACACGGCCACCCGUCCGGGCCGAGGCUUCCCCGUCCCCGACCUCCUUCCUAGCCUGCUGAGGAGGCUGCACGAAGCCCACGCGCAGGUGGGGAAUCUGUCUCAGGCCGUGGAGAAUGUUCUGAGCGUCCUCCUCUUCUAUCCGGAGGAUGGCGUUGCCAAAGAGGCUCUGACCCAGUACCAAGCCCAGCUGGAGGAGCCGAGACCCGGCCUGGGGCCGAGAAAGGAUAUCCAGCACUUCGUCCUUCGAUCCCUGGGAGAAAAGAGGCAGCUGUACUACGCCAUGGAGCACCUGGGCACCAGCUUCCAGGACCCUGAUCCCUGGACCCCGUUAGCUUUCAUCCCUGAGGCGCUAAGAGAAAAGCUAAGAGAGGAUAAAGAGAAGAGGUCUUGGGACCAGGAGCCUCCUCCAAAGUCGAAGCCCUCAUCCUACUGGAAGGAUGUCCUCCACCUAGAGGGUGUGACGCUCACCCAGGACGGCCAGCAGUUGAAUGGGUCAGAGAGAGCCGUGCUGGAUGGACUGCUCACUCCGGCUGAAUGUGGGCUGCUGCUGCAGCUGGCCAGGGAUGCAUCUGGGGCUGGAGCUAGAUCUGGCUAUCGUGGCCGCCGCUCCCCUCACACCCCCCACGAACACUUUGAGGGCCUCACGGUGCUCAAGGCUGCUCAGCUGGCACAGGCCGGGACUGUGAGCAAACCAGGCGCCGCACUGCUUCUGGAGGUCAGUGAGCGGGUGCGCGCGCUCACCGAGGUCUACUUCUCCCCGGAGCGGGCCCUGCAUCUUUCCUUCACCCACCUGGUGUGCCGCAGUGCCGUAGAAGGUGAGCAAGACCAGCGCAUGGACUUGAGUCACCCAGUGCAUGCAGACAACUGCAUCUUGGACCCUGACUCCGGAGAGUGCUGGCGUGAGCCUCCAGCCUACACCUACCGGGACUACAGUGGACUUCUCUACCUCAAUGAUGACUUCCAAGGAGGGGACCUGUUCUUCACACAGCCCAACGCCCUCACUGUCACGGCUCAGGUUCGCCCUCGCUGUGGACGCCUCGUGGCCUUCAGCUCCGGUGGGGAGAAUCCCCACGGCGUGUGGGCUGUGACACGGGGACGGCGCUGUGCCCUGGCACUGUGGCACACAUGGGCACCCGAGCACAGGGAGCAGGAGUGGAUACAAGCCAAAGAGCUGCUGCAGGAGCCAGAAGAGGAGGAAGAGGACAAGGAGGAGGAGGAGGAAGAAGUGCUGAGUAGAGACCCUUCCCCAGAACCCCCCAACCACAAACUUCCGCGAGUCCAAGACAAAACCGGGAAGCCACUUCGGGCCCGAGAGGAGUUGUGAGUGUGAGCCCGCUGCUAGGGGUGGACCCGCUCGGCCUGUGAAAGGGCUGACAAGAAGCCCCCUGAGACACCGGGGGCGGAACAGCAAGCUCCCUGUCACUGCAGUCCACCUUCUCAGGGGGUCUACAAGGACCACUGAUCCCUGGACCCAGAGCUCAUUGUGCAGACUUAGCCUAGAACUCUCCAGGCCUGAGGACCCCCGUCUGGCCUGGCAGAGGGCCCUGCAGCCUAGCACAGAGAGAACACCACGCCUCUAUGAAAGAUGCGGCAAGGGCGACUGCUUCCAGUGGGGACACAGGGGAGAUAACCCGCUCUCCCCACCUGUGCAAUAAAGAACACGGAGAUCUUGAA